AUGGAGUCGGACUCCAGAUAUUACUUUGGAGGCUACAUUCAGCUUCACGACGGCCGCUACUGGUGUCGUAUCUGUGGCAUAUGGCUUGGAAACUACGACAAUGCCCGUAUUCACUGUGCCACAACAAAUGCUCACUCCUGGUGUGAGCCUUGUGAGAGAGUCUUUAUCUCAGAGAAAUCUCUCGAAAAUCACCAACUUAACUCCGGUCUUCACAAUAUCUGCUGGCUCUGUGAUCCAGCACAAGACUUUGACACAGAAGAGGAUCUUGAAAUCCAUGAAGAAGAAGCCCAUUUUUGCUGUGAUCUCUGUGAUGAUUUCUUCAAAACGGAACAUGAAUUGAAAGAGCAUAAGAAUGACAAACAUUGGAGUUGUCAGACCUGCGGUGAAUGGUUUACUUCCGAAUCUGGCCGUGAUCUUGAUCCCAUGGCCCACGAGACUGGAAGUGCAAAGUCUGCAAUCGAGAUUUCCGACGCUUUCCCCAUUGGCUUGCCCAUCUGGAACUCGGAUCUUGUGGAUCAAGAGAUCGCAUUAGAAGAAUUACUUACGAAGUCCAUGGUUAUCACAAAUUCUGUGAUCGAGACGGCAACUGGAUCUGUCGUACCUGCCAACGAUACUUCGAUCACUUAUCCAGUCUCUUUUCCCACGCUGAAGACAGCCAUGGCGACUGCGGUGAUCUUCUUGACCAUGGCCAAUUCCUGUCAGCCCUGA